AUGGUCGUUUCACCAAUUUCAGCUGAUGGCCCCGACUCGUCAGCAGCUGAGCCCCUGGAUGCAGACUGCGAAGCCUGCGCAGAGGGGCGAGAUUCGGGCGACCGCGAUGCAGCUGCACUUCCUCUGCCCAUGCAGAGGAUAGUCAAGAGCCACCGGUUCAUUCCGCUGAGCCGACCUAGUGCCACUGCGGACUUGGGGAUCGACUCUCUGUCCUGCAGCUUCUGUCGACCUGGUGAGGGCGGUUCAUGUGCCGGCACGCUGACUGUUCGCACUGACCCAAGCACAACAAUGCCAAGCUCAGUUCAGGAACAGGACACGUGGGCCUCUGAACAGUUCAUCGAGUCCCGGAAUCUGGUGUCGGCAGUCGGCGAAAGCGUCAGGCAGUCGCGGAGGUCCGUCCACUUCCACCGGGAGCACAUAGCAACCCUCACAGGUGAUGAGGAGAAGUUCGCGGGCCAUGUCCAGUGUGCCUCCAAAGGAGCCAUGGAUGUGGUGUCCGAGCUGUGCAGCGGAAUCGAGAAGGCAAUGUCAGAGAUUGAAGACUACAGGUCUCAGCUUGCCAAUAUUUGUGUGAACGUGCGCAGUGCAGAAUACAGCCGCCCAAGUGUCGUCCGAGAAAGCUGGGAUGAACUUCCACAUGAAGACAUCUCUGCGGAAGGCGACGCGACUGCAGAAAGCAGCAGUCAACAGGCAUUCUUGCCACCGCAGCCAAGCUUGACAUAUCAAUUGCCUCCAGAUGAUUAUGAGGCAGCAGCUAUACCGCACCUGGACUCGGGCACGAUCAAUGCUCAGGUCAUGUGCGAGAGGCCAACCCUCACAGGCAGCGGCGACCUUCCAACCGAGCUGGAUACACGAAGACAUGGGAGUACUUUCGCACCAGCCAGCUAUCACCGCAUACGAAAUCUGCUGCGAUCAGGAUCCCGCAUGUCCGACCUGGGACGGGAGACCGCCAGAGGUCCUUUUCGCUGGUCGGUCUUCUUCACGCGCAUUGUCCAGUCGCCAACCUUUGACCUGAUAUUUGCUGUGCUCAUCCUCCUCAGCAGCAUCGUGAUGGCCUUGCAAGUGCAAUAUCAUGGCCUGGAUGUUGGCUAUGGUAUCGCCUACUUUGGCAUGACGAGCCCGGCCAGCGAGCUCUGGCCAGAAGCCACAUUGGUCUUCAAUGUCAUGGAAUUGACCAUCGGGGUGAUAUUUGCUCUAGAAAUUACAGCAAGGAUGAUAGCCGCGCGCAGUCGUUUCUUCUGCGAUGUCUGGAACGUUGUUGACCUGUGUGUUGUUGCAGCCUGGGCUGUCGACACUGCCACAUCGACCACCCUUCCCGUGGAUCCCAUGCUUCUGCGAUUAGCGCGCCUUGUGAAGCUCUUUCGCCUGCUGCGGCUGAUCAGGAAGGUGAAGGGCUUCGACUCACUAUACAUUAUGGUCACGUCCAUCAAAGCUAGCUUCUCUGCCCUUCUUUGGUCUACUGUUCUCCUGUUCGCAGUGCUGACGACAAUAGCCCUGGUCCUGACCACUCUCGUGGAAGUGUACAUAAACGACGAGAACAAUCCUGUGGAGCGCAGGAUGGAGGUGUUUGCCUACUACGGCACGUUCACGCGUUGUGCCCUGACCCUUCUAGAGCUGACGCUGGCCAAUUGGGUCCCGGCCUCCCGCGUGCUAACAGAAUAUGUCAGCGAGUACUACACUAUAUUUGUGCUGGCCUUUCAAGCUUCCAUGGGAUUUUCUGUGGUGAAGGUGAUGCUCUUAGCUCUUGAACACAGCUGCAAACCUACCAUGAAAGACAUGACACACAGCCUUCAAGGAUUAGAGUUGCUUGUUUCGAGGUAUUGA